AUGGGGUUAACACCAGAGCAGCAGAGGAAGAUAGAUGAGAAUAGAAGAAAAGCUCUCGAACGGUUGAAGCAGAAAGGGUUUAAUACUAAUCAUAUUUCAAGUAGAAUCUCCAAACCUGACAACCUUCCAAGCACAUCUGAAAAGAAUACUUCAAAUGGGAUCAAGCUAACAGAUGAACAAAGAAAGAAGAUAGAUGCUAAUAGACAAAAGGCUUUAGAGAAAAUAAGGCAGAAACAACAAAAUUUUAGAGAUGCUUCGGCAAAUCAAAAUCCAUCAUUAGUGAAAGAAGUAUCAUCAACAACAGGUGCCGUGGCUACAAAAUCAUUUGAUGGUAUACGUCCAUCUAUUCAAAAAUCAUCAUAUAUUGAUUAUGAUUUAUCAACAAUGAAGGAUUCCAAAGGUGGGUUCAUAUCUGGUGAUCCAAGUACUAGCAAUAAGCAAGAAAAGACAUUUGAUGAAUGGAGAGAGGAGCAAAGAAUCGUUAGGGACUUACCACCACCGAUGGAUUUGGAAAAUGCAAUUAAAUGCUAUGAAUGUGGUUCGUUUGAGUUGAAUCAAAAACUUUAUGAUGUUUUCAAAUGUCGGGUUUGUAAGAGAUGUGAAAAGGAUAUCCCUGACAAAUAUUCAUUGUUAACAAAGACUGAAUGUCGUGAAGAUUACUUUUUAACAGACCCAGAAUUACGUGAUGAUUCCAUUUUACCUCAUAUGGAGAAACCAAACCCUCAUGGGACAUUUAAUAGAAUGCAGUUGUAUCUUCGUUAUCAAGUUGAAAAAUUUGCAUUCAAGAAAUGGGGAGGUGCUGAAGGGCUAGAUGCUGAAUGGCAAAGGCGUGAAGAGCAAAAGAUCAAGAGACGUGAUAAAAAAUACGAAAACAAGAUGAAGGAGAUGAGAAAGAAGACUAGAGCUGAAGAGUACAACAGAAGGUUAAGAGAAGGAAAGUACAAUGAACACAAACAUGAAUGGUCUAAUGAGCUUGUCGGUGGUAAGAAUGAGGAUGGACUCGAUGUCGUCAAGAGACGGUGCAUUGACUGUGGAUUCGAGCUUGAAGAAGUUGUUAUAUAG